UCCUGUGGACAUCCCGGUCACGGAGCCCACCCUUGUCCCCGAGGCCAUGAAGAUGGUGCUGGGAGCCAUCAGCCCCGCUGGGGCCCCGGCCGAGGUGCCACAGGCCCGGAGCAUCGCCGGGGUGUAUGUGGAGGCCUCUGGCCAAGUCCAGAGCAUCUACGCCGCCAUGAAGCAGGGCCUCCUGCCCAGUGGGCUGGGAGUGACUCUGCUAGAGGCCCAAGCGGCUAGGGGCCUCGUGAACCACACUCAAGGCCAGCUGCUGCCCGUGUCCGAGGCCCUGCAGCAGGGCCUGGUGGGUCUGGAGCUGAAGGAGAAGCUGCUGGCCGCUGAGCGUGCAGUCACGGGCUACCCUGACCCCUACGGGGGAGGGAAGCUGGCCCUCUUCCAGGCCAUGGGGAAGGAGGUCGUGGACCCAGCCCUGGGGAGGAGCUGGCUGGAGGCCCAACUGGCCACAGGGGGCCUAGUGGACCCCACCCGAGGCGAGCGUGUGACCCCAGCACUGGCCUGCCAGCAGGGCCUGCUGGACCAGGAGACCUGGCUCAGCCUGUCCGAGCACAAGCCUGGUACGGGGACCCCAGGUUUCUUGGACCCCAACACUCUGGAGCGGCUGCCCUACCGCGAGCUGCUGGGCAGGUGUGUGCAGGACCCCGCCACAGGACUGCCCCUCCUGCCCCUCAAGACCACUUUCUGUACCCUGAGCGGGGCGGUUAGCCUGGAGGAGCUGCUGCAGGCAGGCGUCUUGGACGAGGAGACAGCCCGCGGCUUGCGGGAGGGCAGUCUGGCUGUGUCUGAUGUGAGCGCGCGCCCUGAGGUGCAGCGCAGCCUGCGGGGCACAGGCAGUGUGGCGGGGGCCGUCCUGCUGCCCGCCGGCCACAAGAAGAGCUUCUGCCAGGCCGCUGCCGAGCACCUGCUCCCCACGGGCGCCGCCGUCCCACUCCUGGAGGCUCAGGCUGCCACCUACACGCUGGUAGACCCAGCCACGGGCCAGCAGCUGGGGGUGGACGAGGCGGUCAGGGCAGGCCUGGUGGGCCCUGAGCUGCACGGGCGCCUCCUGGAGGCAGAGCAGGCUGUGACAGGGUACCACGACCCCUUCACUGGCACCCGCAUCCCCCUCUUCCAGGCCAUGAAGAAGGGGCUGGUGGAGCAGUCACUGGCUCUGCGGCUGCUGGAGGCCCAGCUGGCCACAGGGGGGCUGAUCUGUCCAGUCCGCAGGCUCCGGCUGUCCCCAGAGGCUGCUCUGCGCCUCGGCUGCCUGGACAGGGAGACCCAGCAGCAGCUCUCACGGGCAGCUGGCUUCUCAGACCCCAGCACCGGGAGCAGCCUCAGCUAUGCGCAGCUGCAGGCCCGCUGCGUCACAGACCCCGAGACGGGGCUGGCCUUCCUGCCCCUGUCAGGGGGCGGCCUUGGGGAGGAGCCCUGGGGGGCCCCAUUCAUUGAGCACAGCACCCGGCAGGCCUUGAGCGAGGCCACGACCACUGUCUCGGUGGGCAAAUUCCAGGGCCGCCCCACAUCCCUCUGGGAGCUGCUCUUCUCCGAGGCUGUCCCCGCAGGGCAGCGGGCUACUCUGGCGCAGCAGCAUCGGGAAGGGGCCCUGUCACUGCAGGAGCUGGCGGCCGUACUGAGGACCACCAUGGAGCAGGCCGUGGCCACAGCCAAGGUCACCUUCGCCGGGCUGAGGGCCAUGGUGACGCCGGGAGAGCUUCUAGAGGCCGAGAUCAUCGGCCGGGACGUGUACGAGCAGCUGCUGCGGGGCCAGGCCACGGCCCAGGAUGUGGGCCGCCUGGACUCGGUGCACAGGUACCUGCAGGGCACGGGCUGCGUCGCGGGCCUGCUCCUGCCGGACACCCAGGAGCCAGUCAGCAUCUACCAGGCUCGCGGGAAGGGGCUGCUGCGGCCGGGCACGGCACUCAUCCUCCUUGAGGCUCAGGCUGCCACCGGCUUCCUCAUCGACCCCAGGGAGAACCGCAGGCUUUCUGUGGAGGAGGCGCUGAGGGCCGGCAUCAUUGGCCCCGACGUGUUCGCCAAGCUGCUCUCGGCCGAGCGCGCUGUCACCGGCUACACCGACCCCUACACCGGGGAGCAGAUCUCCCUGUUCCAGGCCAUGCAGAAGGGCCUGAUCGUGCGGGACCACGGCCUGCGCCUGCUCGAGGCCCAGAUCGCCACGGGCGGCAUCAUCGACCCCGUGCACAGCCACCGCCUGCCCGUGGACGUGGCCUACCAGCGCGGCUACUUCGACGAGGACAUGAGCCGCGUGCUGGCCGACCCGGGCGACGACACCAAGGGCUUCUUCGACCCCAACACGCAGGAGAACCUCACCUACCUGCAGCUGCUGGAGCGCUGCGUGCAGGACCCCGACACCGGGCUGCGCCUCCUGCCGCUCAGCAGCACACGGCCCCAGCUGGUGGAUGGUGCCACCCGCCGGGCCCUCCAGGGCCUGCUGCUGCUGGUGAGGCAUGGGCGGUUCCAGGGCCUCAGGGUCUCCGCCUGGGAGCUGCUCAACUCUGAGUACUUUCGCGAGGACACCCGCAGGCAGCUCCUGCGCGGCUUCUGCCGGGGCCAGGUCUCGCUGGAGCAGGUGUCGCAGCUGCUAGAGACAGAGAUGGGCAGGUGGGCGGAUAUCAGGCUGCCCGCCCUGCGGGGCCAGGUCACCGCCCACCAGCUCCUGGAGGCCGGCGUCAUCGACCAGGAGUUGCUGGACCAGGUGCUGGCAGGGGCAGUGAGUCCCGAGGCCCUGCUCCGCCUGGACGCUGUCCUCAGGGCGCUGCGGGGCUCGGGGGCCGUGGGUGGGGUGCUCCUGCCCUCCACCUGCCAGCAGCUCAGCAUCUACCAGGCCAUGAAGCAGAAGCUGCUGGGACCAGGCGUGGCCCUGGCCUUGCUGGAGGCCCAGGCUGCCACCGGUGCCGUGGUGGACCCCCGCAGUGGGGAGACCCUCUCAGUGGAUGAGGCCGUGCGCCAGGAGCUAGUGGGGCCCGAGCUGUAUGGCAGGCUGAGGCGGGCCGAGGGCGCCCUCACCGGCUUCAGAGACCCCUUCUCUGGGGGGCCCGUGUCCUUGUUCCAGGCCAUGAAGAAGGGCCUUGUCCCCGUGAAGCAGGCUGCCCGCCUCCUCGAGGCCCAGGUGGCCACAGGAGGGGUCAUUGACCCCACCGGCCACUACCACCUCCCCAUGUCCGUGGCCGCCCAGCGUGGCUUCAUCGACCAGGAGAUGGAAUCAGCCUUGUGCCGCACCACAGAGACCUUCCCCACACCAGACGGCCGAGCUCUCACCAGCUAUGCCAGGCUGCUGCAGCAGUGUGUGCGGGACGAGGCCACCGGCCUUCACCUCCUGCCCCUGCCCGAGGGCGCUCCCACCGUCCCCACAGACCAGCAGGUCCAGGAGGCCCUGCAGGCCACUCAGGGGGCCAAGGACGGCUCAUCCCUCUGGGAGCUCCUGGGGUCCUGCCACUUCACUGAAGAACAGCGCGAGGCCUUCCUGGAGGACUUUCGGGCUGGGAGGACAAACGUGCCUCAGCUGCGGGAGGCCGUGUGUGCGCAGCUGCAGGUGGCGGAGCUGCAGGCACAGGCCCAUGUCACCCUGCCAGGCCCCAGGGGCGAGGUCCCCGCCGUCUGGCUGCUGGACGCUGGCAUCAUCACGCAGGAGACGCUAGAGGCGCUGGCCCAGGGCAGGCUGUCUCCCGCUGAGGCCACGGAGCAGCCUGCAGUGAAGGCCUGCCUGUGGGGCACUGGCUGCGUGGCCGGGGUGCGGCUGCAGCCCUCGGGGGCCACGGUGAGCAUCUCCCAGGCCGUGAGGGACGGGCUCCUGCCCGAGGGCCUGGGGCGGAGGCUGCUGGAGGCCCAGGUGGCCACCGGCUCACUGAUUGACCCCAUGAGCAAUCAAAGACUGUCGGUGGAGGACGCAGUCAAAGUCGGCUUGGUGGAUGGGGCGCUAAGUGAGCAGCUCGGGCAGGUGGAGCGGGUGGUGGCCGGACACACUGACCCCUGCUCCAGGGUCUCCCUCUCCUUGUGGCAGGCCAUGGAGAAGGGGCUGGUGCCCCGGAGCGAGGGCCUCCCCCUGCUGCAGGCCCAGCUGGCCACAGGGGGCGCAAUAGACCCUGUCUAUGGGGUGCACCUUCCCCAGGCCACAGCCUGCAGGCGUGGCCUGCUGGAUGGGCCAACGAGCCAGGCACUGACUGGGACAGAUGAGGACAGCAAGUUCUUCUUCGACCCCCACAAGCGGGACAAGCUGACUUACCGGCAGCUCCUAGAGCGCUGUGUCCAGGAUGCCGACACUGGUGUCUGGCUGCUGCCGCUGCCCCAGGAUGCAGCGCUCGAGGUGGACGAGCACACGGCCGUGGCGCUGAGGGCCAUGAAGGUGCCGGUGAACGCAGGCCGCUUCCAAGGCCACAGCGUGUCCCUCUGGGACCUCCUGCACUCAGAGUACGUCUCAGCCGACAGGCGGCGGGACCUGGCCACCCUCUGCCAGUCUGGGAGGGCCACCGCCCUGCGCCAGGUGGUCAGUGCUGUCAGCACGCUGAUUGAGGCCUCGGCAGGGCGGUCCCCCCAGCCUGCCUUCAGAGGACUGCGCAAGCAGGUGUCCGCCAGCGACAUGUUCCGGGCCCAGCUCAUCGACAAGAAGACACUGGACGAACUGACCCAGGGGAGGAAGACCGUGCAGGAGGUAACAGCCAUGGACGGGGUGCGGCGCUUCUUGGAAGGGGGCAACUUCAUCGCCGGGGUCCUGGUCCAGGACACGCAGGAGAAGAUGAGCAUCUCGGACGCGCUGCAGAGGGGCGUCCUGCGGCCCGGCACGGCCCUGGUGCUGCUGGAGGCUCAGGCGGCCACCGGCUUCCUCAUCGACCCCGUGCGCAACCGCAAGCUGACGGUGGAGGAGGCCUUUGCGGAGGGCAUGUUCGGCAGGGAGACCUACCAGAAGCUGCUCUCGGCCGAGCGCGCCGUCACCGGCUACACCGACCCCUACACCGGGGAGCAGAUCUCCCUGUUCCAGGCCAUGCAGAAGGGCCUGAUCGUGCGGGACCACGGCCUGCGCCUGCUCGAGGCCCAGAUCGCCACGGGCGGCAUCAUCGACCCCGUGCACAGCCACCGCCUGCCCGUGGACGUGGCCUACCAGCGCGGCUACUUCGACGAGGACAUGAGCCGCGUGCUGGCUGACCCGGGCGACGACACCAAGGGCUUCUUCGACCCCAACACGCACGAGAACCUCACCUACCUGCAGCUGCUGGAGCGCUGCGUGCAGGACCCCGACACCGGGCUCUACAUGCUGCAGAUAGUGAAGAAAGGUGAGACCUACUUGUACAUCGACGGAGCCACCAGGCAGUUCCUGCAGUCAAAGACCAUGGACCUGGGCCUGGGCAGGUUUGCCGGCCUGACAGUGUCUGUCUGGGACCUGCUGUCCUCUCCGUACUUUCCCGAGGACAGGAAGCGCAGCCUGGUCCAGGAGUACAGGGCCCAGAAGCUACGCCUGGAGCAGCUGCUGGAGAUCAUCACCAAGACUGUGGAAGAGACGGAGCAGCGAGGGCUGGCGGUCAAGGUGGCGGGCAUCGGUGGGGAGGUGACGGCCGCAGAGCUGUUCAACGCCGGCAUCAUCGACAAGAAGACCCUGGAUGCACUGCCCAUGGGGAGCUUGGGUGCGCAGGCCCUCUGCCAGCUGAAGCACGUGCGGCCCUACCUGGAGGGCAGUGGCUGCAUCGCGGGGGUCACUGUGCCCGACACCCGGGAGGUCUUGAGCAUCUACGAGGCCAGCAAGAAAGGACUCAUCCCCAUGGGGUUUGCGGUUCAACUGCUUGAGGCACAGGCAGCCACGGGGUUCUUGCUGGACCCCAAAAACCACCAGAGGCUGUCUCUGCGUGAGGCCCUGGCUGCUGGCCUCGUUGGUGAGGAAUUGGAGGAAAGGCUCCUGGCAGCGGAGCAGGCGGCCAGGGGCUGCAGGGACCCGGCCACGGGUGACACACUGUCCCUCUUCCAGGCCAUGGAGCAGAGGCUGGUCAGGAGGGACGAGGCCCUCAGGCUGCUUGAGGUGCAGAUGGCCACGGGCGGUGUCCUCGACCCACGAUACCACCACCGGCUCCCGCUGGACACGGCCUACAGACGCGGCUAUCUGCGUCCGGAGAGCCUGGCCCUGGUGACUGACCAGCAGCACAUGAACAAGCGGUUCCUGGACCCGAGCACACAGCAGAGGGCCACGUACCAAGAGCUCCAGGAGCGCAGCCGCCAGGAAGAAGGCACGGGCUGGCUGCUGUUCCCUGUGGUCGCAGGCGGGGAAAAUGCCCAGGACAUCGACGGGGCUACCAGGAGGGCUCUGGAGGCCCAGAGGGUGGAGGUGGCAGUGGGGCGGUUCCGGGGGCAGAAACCCUCAGUGUGGGAGCUGCUGAACUCUGAGUAUGUGACGGAGGAGAAGAAGCUCGAGCUAGUGAGGGCGUACAAGCGGGACAGCCAGCGCACGCUAGAGGAGGUGGUGCGGACGGUGUCCCAAAUGAUCCACGCCCGGGAGACGCAGACUAGGCCACUGUGGUUCCGGGGGCUCAGGAGACAAGUCACCGCACUGGAGCUGUUCCAUGCAGGCGUGAUCGCCGCGGACACACUCCGGGACCUGGAGGGCGGAGGGCGCUCCACAGCAGACGUGGGUAUGGCCCAGGAGGUGCGGCGCUACCUGGAGGGCACGGGCAGCAUCGCUGGCGUGCUGCUGCCCCCCAAGGACAGCGCCGGGCGGCCCGAGAAGAUGAGCAUCUACGAGGCCAUGUGGAGGGGUAUCCUGCGGCCCGGAACGGCCCUGGUGCUGCUGGAGGCCCAGGCGGCCACCGGCUUCCUCAUCGACCCCGUGCGUGACCAGCGGCUAACCGUGGAGGCAGCGGUGGCCAGAGGAGUGGUUGGUGGAGAGCUCCGGGACAAGCUGCUCUCGGCCGAGCGCGCCGUCACCGGCUACACCGACCCCUACACCGGCGAGCAGAUCUCCCUGUUCCAGGCCAUGCAGAAGGGGCUGAUCGUGCGGGACCACGGCCUGCGCCUGCUCGAGGCCCAGAUCGCCACGGGCGGCAUCAUCGACCCCGUGCACAGCCACCGCCUGCCCGUGGACGUGGCCUACCAGCGCGGCUACUUCGACGAGGACAUGAGCCGCGUGCUGGCCGACCCGGGCGACGACACCAAGGGCUUCUUCGACCCCAACACGCAGGAGAACCUCACCUACCUGCAGCUGCUGGAGCGCUGCGUGCAGGACCCCGACACCGGGCUCUACAUGCUGCAGCUGGCCCCUGCGGGCUCCGCCCUGCACCAGCUGAGCCAGGAGCUGCGCAGGGCCCUGCGGGAGACGCAGCUGGCGCCGGGGGGCGCCCCCCCGGGCCGGGCCCGCUCCGUGUGGGAGCUGCUCUUCUCCCGGGAGGUGUCCGAGAGCCAGCGGCAGGACCUGCUGCGCAGGUACGGGGCGGGCUCGCUGACCCCGCAGGAGGUGGGCGCCUCCCUCGCCGCACUGCUGGCCGGGGCCAAGACCGGCGGCCCGAGCCCGGCGCCCCCUGACGCCCGGGCGGCCCUGCGCACCGCCACCAUGGAGGUCCGGGUGGGCCAGCUGCGAGGCCCGGCGGUGCCCGUGUGGGACGUGCUGGCGUCCGGCUACGUGAGCGGCGCCACGCGGGAGCAGCUGCUGGCCCAGUUCGGCUCGGGCGCGCUGGGCCUGCCCGCGCUGACCCGCAGGCUGACCACCAUCAUCGAGGAGGCCGAGCUGGCCCUGGACGGCCGGCGCCGCCCCCGGCCAGCGGGGGCCGGCUGAGGGGGCCAGGCGCCCCCCGCCGGCCCGGCCGACACCGAGCACGACGCCGCGGCCCGGCGCGGCCAGGAGCAGGCCCUGCGAGCCGCCACCAUGGAGCUGAGCGUCGGGCAGUUCCGGGGCCGUCCCGUGUCCGUGUGGGACGUGCUCUCCUCCUCCUACCUGAGCGCCGAGCGCCGGGCCCAGCUGCUGGCCCGGCACGCGGCCGGGGACCUGGGCCUGCCCGCCCUGGUGGCCGCCCUCACCCUGCUGGUGGAGGAGGCCGAGCAGCGGCUGGGCCGGCUGUCCUUCACCGGCCUGCGGCGCCAGGUGUCGGUCUCCGAGCUGCUGGCGUCCAGGAUCCUGGGCCCCGACGCCCUGCGGGACCUGGUCCAGGGCGCCAAGACCCCGCGGGAGGUGGCGGCCACGGACGGCGUGCGGCGCUACCUGGAGGGCACGGGCAGCAUCGCCGGCGUGCUGCUGCCCCCCAAGGACGGCGCCGGGCGGCCCGAGAAGAUGAGCAUCUCGGACGCGCUGCAGAGGGGCGUCCUGCGGCCCGGCACGGCCCUGGUGCUGCUGGAGGCUCAGGCGGCCACCGGCUUCCUCCUCGACCCCGUGCGCAACCGCAAGCUGACGGUGGAGGAGGCCUUUGCGGAGGGCGUGUUCGGCAGGGACACCUACCAGAAGCUGCUCUCGGCCGAGCGCGCCGUCACCGGCUACACCGACCCCUACACCGGCGAGCAGAUCUCCCUGUUCCAGGCCAUGCAGAAGGGCCUGAUCGUGCGGGACCACGGCCUGCGCCUGCUCGAGGCCCAGAUCGCCACGGGCGGCAUCAUCGACCCCGUGCACAGCCACCGCCUGCCCGUGGACGUGGCCUACCAGCGCGGCUACUUCGACGAGGACAUGAGCCGCGUGCUGGCCGACCCGGGCGACGACACCAAGGGCUUCUUCGACCCCAACACGCAGGAGAACCUCACCUACCUGCAGCUGCUGGAGCGCUGCGUGCAGGACCCCGACACCGGGCUCUACAUGCUGCAGCUGGCCCCUGCGGGCUCCGCCCUGCACCAGCUGAGCCAGGAGCUGCGCAGGGCCCUGCGGGAGACGCAGCUGGCGCCGGGCGGGGGCGCCCCCCCGGGCCGGGCCCGCUCCGUGUGGGAGCUGCUCUUCUCCCGGGAGGUGUCCGAGAGCCAGCGGCAGGACCUGCUGCGCAGGUACGGGGCGGGCUCGCUGACCCCGCAGGAGGUGGGCGCCUCCCUCGCCGCACUGCUGGCCGGGGCCAAGACCGGCGGCCCGAGCCCGGCGCCCCCUGACGCCCGGGCGGCCCUGCGCACCGCCACCAUGGAGGUCCGGGUGGGCCAGCUGCGAGGCCCGGCGGUGCCCGUGUGGGACGUGCUGGCGUCCGGCUACGUGAGCGGCGCCACGCGGGAGCAGCUGCUGGCCCAGUUCGGCUCGGGCGCGCUGGGCCUGCCCGCGCUGACCCGCAGGCUGACCACCAUCAUCGAGGAGGCCGAGCUGGCCCUGGACGGCCGGCACGCCGCCCCCGGCCAGCGGGGGCCGGCUGAGGGGGGCCAGGCGCCCCCCGCCGGCCCGGCCGACACCGAGCACGACGCCGCGGCCCGGCGCGGCCAGGAGCAGGCCCUGCGAGCCGCCACCAUGGAGCUGAGCGUCGGGCAGUUCCGGGGCCGUCCCGUGUCCGUGUGGGACGUGCUCUCCUCCUCCUACCUGAGCGCCGAGCGCCGGGCCCAGCUGCUGGCCCGGCACGCGGCCGGGGACCUGGGCCUGCCCGCCCUGGUGGCCGCCCUCACCCUGCUGGUGGAGGAGGCCGAGCAGCGGCUGGGCCGGCUGUCCUUCACCGGCCUGCGGCGCCAGGUGUCGGUCUCCGAGCUGCUGGCGUCCAGGAUCCUGGGCCCCGACGCCCUGCGGGACCUGGUCCAGGGCGCCAAGACCCCGCGGGAGGUGGCGGCCACGGACGGCGUGCGGCGCUACCUGGAGGGCACGGGCAGCAUCGCCGGCGUGCUGCUGCCCCCCAAGGACGGCGCCGGGCGGCCCGAGAAGAUGAGCAUCUCGGACGCGCUGCAGAGGGGCGUCCUGCGGCCCGGCACGGCCCUGGUGCUGCUGGAGGCCCAGGCGGCCACCGGCUUCCUCCUCGACCCCGUGCGCAACCGCAAGCUGACGGUGGAGGAGGCCUUUGCGGAGGGCGUGUUCGGCAGGGACACCUACCAGAAGCUGCUCUCGGCCGAGCGCGCCGUCACCGGCUACACCGACCCCUACACCGGCGAGCAGAUCUCCCUGUUCCAGGCCAUGCAGAAGGGGCUGAUCGUGCGGGACCACGGCCUGCGCCUGCUCGAGGCCCAGAUCGCCACGGGCGGCAUCAUCGACCCCGUGCACAGCCACCGCCUGCCCGUGGACGUGGCCUACCAGCGCGGCUACUUCGACGAGGACAUGAGCCGUGUGCUGGCCGACCCGGGCGACGACACCAAGGGCUUCUUCGACCCCAACACGCACGAGAACCUCACCUACCUGCAGCUGCUGGAGCGCUGCGUGCAGGACCCCGACACCGGGCUCUACCUGCUUUCCGUGUCUUGAGUGUGUAAUUUUCUUUGCUCGCCCAUAUAAAAUGCAUUUUGCAAUCCUCCCCGGUGGCGUAGCGGUUUGAGCGCUGCGCUGUGAGCCUGUCUGAGGCCUCUGCAUUGCGGGUUCGAUCCUGGCUGGCUGGUGAGAAUCCCAAGGUGCAGCAGACCCAUCCUGUCUCUCAGCUGCUCCCCUCAGCCUUGUAUUUCUGUAGAUCUGCCUGUUCUGCUCUCCGCUCUGGCUCUGGUGAAUCCGAUCAACGCCUGUGGUCCUGGUGGUACCCCAGCUCUUGUAUAAAAAUAAUAAAUCAAUCUUAAACAAGAAAAUUAAGAAAUUGGGCCUCCCUGUGGCGCAGCAAUUGAACGCUGGGCUGCGAAGCUGCCCGCAGCCUCUGUAGCGCCUGUUCAAUCCCGGCUGGCCGGGGAGGGUCCCACAUGGCGCGCAGACCUCUCCUGCCGCACCCGCUGCUCCCCUCAGCAGUGUACUUUGUUUGUCUGCCUGUUCUGUUCCCUGCUCUGACUCUGGUGAAUCCUCUCACCCUCCGGCGCUUCUGACUCUCCACAGUGCUUGUAUAAAUAAAUAAAUAAAAUUGUUUA